UAAAUAUAUAAAUAAAUAAGGCAGAAAAUAGAAAGCAUGGUGGUUAUAAAAGAGGGUGGAAUGGCGAAGCUAAAUGACAUAGAGUCGAUUCUUGCAAGAUGUCUACAACAAUUGGAAAAGGAGCUCAAAACAUGCAUACCUUCUACAUAAAACCAGCAUUGAGAAAGGCGUAUCAUAGAAAGAGUGGGGGUGCUGAUCAUACUACAAAACUGAACCAUGACGAAGCUAAGAACAAGAAUUUGUGCAGCGGGUCUCUUUCAGAUGCUAAUAUCGUUUGGGUCCCUGAUGGUCGUACUGGAAUCUAUUACCCUAAGGGACAAGAAAAAGUCAUUGAAGAUGUCCCUACUAAUGCUGCAAAGGAUUACACUGUAAAUUGGUUUUCUAUGCCAUAAAAUCUGUUGUGAUUUUCUUCCAUGCAAAGUAUGAUCGUUGUGGAAUCUUGAAGAGAAUCUGGAAGUAAUAAACUCUAAGAACUCAUGUGAUUUGUGUUCA